AUGAAGUGGUGGGCUUACUUACUGCCACUGGCUGCCAGCGUGGCGGCCCUGCCCAACACUGACACCAACAAGAGGCCCAGUGACACUUGUGGCUGGCAGGACGAUGUUCGCAAUCGGUUGCGUCGGGAGCCUCACGCCAUCCCGUUCUGUCGCGAUCUACUCCAUAUUCCUCCCCAUCUGGUCACACAGACAACGACAUUGGUGCAGCCAGAAGCCACGGUCACGGCCACCAGUACGAUUCAAGACGAGGAUGAUGGCACGGUAAUCACGGUUACGGCCGAAACCACGGCGACCCAGAUAAAGCCCACCGAUAUCACCACGACGCUGUAUGCGACAACCACCGAGACCAAUACAGUCCCAGUAACUGUGACCGAGUCCUAUGAUGCGACAAUCACGGACGUCUUCACCGAGUUCCUCACUCAGCCCGUCUAUAAGACCGUCACCAGUCCCGUCACCAGGGUCCAGACGGACUCUUAUACCGAUAUCGUCACUCGCUGGACUGCUGCCACAGUCACCGACUGGACCUUUGAGACUACGACAGCGACCUUGAUCAACUCCAUCACCAACUAUGUCACUGUGUUUGUCACCAACUAUGCCACUGUCACUAAGGCCGACAUCGUCACCAACACGCUCACUAAUCUUGCAACUGCCGUUGUCACCAACUUUCACACAAACACGCUCACUCUCUCCUUUACCGACACUGUCACUGCCACCGAGACCAACACGGUGCACUCGACUGCUACUGAGAAUGUGGCGGUAACCGACACGAAAACCGACGUGGUGACUGACGUUCAUACCAACCUGGACCCCAUCACCAACUCGCUCUUUACCACCGUCACUGACCAUGUCACAUCCACGAUUAUCACUGUGGUCACAGAUGGCACCACAAUAACCACCACCGCGAUCGUGACAUUGGCUGCUCCCUUCAAGCGUGAUCUUGGGCAGCAAUCUGGCCCUGUCCCUGCUGCGGCACAGCCCUUCCCCACGCCUUCGGGUCUCAGUGAUAUCCCCGGAAGGAUCUUGUCGAGGGCAUGCUCUGAAUUAGACCUUCCUGCGGCGACUUCCACUGUCCUCGCUACCGAGACUCAGGCCCACUCGACGGUGACCCAAACCCUGACGACUCAUGUGCCGGGAACAGGAGGAGAGACCGUCUCGGUCACAGUCCCCCACACCGACUAUGUAACGAGCAUUUCUACCAAACUUGCCACCGCAUACGGCACAACUACUCUGACUAUUGAUGAGCCGGAGACCAUCACUAAGACCAUCACUGACCUGGCCACGACUUCUGUCACUUCGACCGUGACUGAGCCUACCACGCUCACAGUCACUGAAUUCUCCACCGAGGUAGUGGUCGAUUCCGUGACUAUCGACGUGACUACCGAUGCGACCUCCUCGACAACAUUAGAUCUGACGUCCGUUGAGACGGCCUCAUCCACCCAGGACGUAACCACAGAUGUGACGGCUACCAGCAUCGUCGACCGCACGACUACGCAACCCAUCACCCAGACUGCCGACUUGACCGUCAGCGAGACUGUCACUCAGACUGCAGAUGUCACAGGCACCGAGACGGUCUCCAUCACCGCGACGACCACCGCGACCACCGUAGUCGACCGGACUGAGGUUGCGACCGUCACAGCCACCGCGUCGGUCACUAUCACAGUCACGGCAUCGACGACAGUCGAGACCACCGUUCCCACGACGGUCGAUGUGCUCAGCACCGCCACGAAAACAGCUACCAUCGACGUGACCAUCACCCAGUCCGUCUCGACCACGUCGGUCGUGACUGUCACGUCGACCACGACGCUGCCCGCUCCCACAUGCGGCAUCAACUUGAUCAAAAAUGGGAACUUUGACGGCGGCAGGCCGGAAGAAAUGGGGGCCUCAUUGCCCCCCUGGGCUUGGUCUCCUGGUGGGAACGGAAAGUACUCAUUUGUCCGGGGAAUUACGACGCUUUUGGCGAUAAACAUCUACACCAACACCGCCGGGUUGAACACUCCAUCCAUCUCUCAAACUUUCUCCACAACCCCAGGAAAGGUAUACACGGUCAACUACAGCUAUUUAACCAGCGGUGGAAACACUCAAUCCACCAUGAUAUGCAGCGUCAAUAAUUCGAUCACGUCCAGCAGAGUCAUCAAUAUUUCCUCCAUCAGGGGCCAGUGGCUGCAGGCUUCCUUUGCCUUCCCAGCGACAUCCACAACCACGAUGCUGGUCUGCAAACUCAGCACGACUGUUUCCGCGCAGACAUACCUGAGUGGAUUUAGUGCGUCUACUCCUUGUUGA